AUGAACAUUCUCCAUUUUCAACAUAUGGAUUUCUUGAGAGGAGGCAGCAUUAUUUUACGUCCCAGACGAAAUGAUGCCAUGAUAGCCGACGGGAGAAUAAUUUUCUCGAGCCUGCGAGACAAUGAAACGUAUGUGAUGUGUUAUGUGCUCAUCCCAGUAUGUAACAGUGUUAAUCAUUGUUCGGACAUGGUCGAAAAGGAAUCUCGCAAUAGAAAAAUAUGCUUGAGAGGAAUUCUGCAUGAUGGCCACCAGGACACAAUUCAUUUUUUAAUGAAGAUGUGUUACUAUUACAAAGCUAGGGAUGGAUACUUCUUAAUACGAAAUGUAUGCGUAAUAAAGAAGGAUAACGCCCUAGUGAAGGAUGAGAACAAUUACGGCGUCCAUGAAUAUGGCUAG